GCCAAACCCGGACGCUGAACCUUGUAGCACUCCCGGAGCGGAGGUGGCCGCUACGGGUGGGUGGGCGAGGUCGCAGGUUCGAGACCCAGCCGGAGGGGAGGACACAACCCUUCCCCUGGAGCUACAACUUUUCCACCGCAGUCGUGGGGUCCCGAUGGGGGCCGUGGGGCGCCCGCCGUCGUUGGGAGAGCCGGCAGGCUCUUGGAGUUGAAACUUCGGAAGGGGAAGCAAGGGCCAGACUCCAUGGGGUUGAUGACUACUCAGGGGCCGAGUCUGCUGGGGCUUCUCUUGACGAUGGCAGAGACAGUGUCCAGGGCCACAGGCCUGACUCCAAGAACCCACACUGGCGUGUGGUUUCCGGUCACCCAGGAGAGCCCGAACCCUAUGGGAGAUUGCCGCCUCGUGUGUGACUUGAACGUGUCUGACCGCUGUCACUUCAUCCACACCAACCCCGACUGCAGCGGCCCCCAGGGAUACCUGGACUACUUAGGCGGAAUCUUCUGCUUCUUCCCCCCUCACCUGCUCCCCCUCGCCAUCGUCCUUUACGCCUUGUGGCUUCUCUACCUGUUUCUGAUCCUCGGGGUCACUGCAGCCAAGUUUUUCUGCCCUAACCUGUCGGCCAUCUGCACCAGCCUCAAACUGUCCCACAAUGUGGCUGGCGUCACCUUCCUGGCCUUCGGGAACGGAGCCCCCGAUAUCUUCAGUGCACUGGUGGCCUUCUCGGACCCGCGCACAGCAGGCCUGGCUGUGGGGUCGCUGUUCGGAGCCGGCGUGCUGGUCACCACGGUGGUGGCGGGUGGCAUCGCCAUCCUGCGCCCCUUCCAGGCAGCCUCCCGGCCCUUCCUCCGCGACGUGUCCUUCUACAUGGUGGCCGUGUUCCUCACCUUUACCGCCUGCUACCUGGGCAGGGUCACGCUGUUCUGGGCCCUGGGCUGCCUGGGCCUGUACGUCUUUUAUGUGCUCACCGUGGUUCUCUGCACCUGGGUCUACCGUUGGCAGCGGAGGCAGUCGCUGCCCAAUUCUAUGGCAGGGACUCCAGAGCUGCUGUCAGAGGCUGAGGAGAACCUGGUGACUUCCACCAUCAGCAGCUCUGACUACUAUGGUGAAGAGUACCAGCCCCUCCUCUUCUACCAGGAGCCCACGGGGCGCGUCCUGGCACGGGGCCUCAACCCCCUGGACAACAGGACAUGGAGGAACAAGUCCACCUCCUGGAGGGUGCGCAAAGUGUUCAAGCUCCCCGUGGAGUUCCUGCUGCUCCUCACUGUCCCUGUGGUGGACCCUGACAAGGAUGACCGGAACUGGAAGCGGCCCCUCAACUGCCUGCACCUGAUCUUCAGCCCCCUGGUUAUGGUCCUCACCCUGCGCUCAGGGGCUUAUGGCAUCUACGAGAUCGGGGGCCUGGUUCCCGUCUGGGCCGUGGUAGUGAUACUGGGGACAUUCCUGGCUGCAGUGACAUUCUUUGCCACAUCCAACAAUGAACCUCCCAGGUUUCACUGGCUCUGGGCCUUCCUCGGGUUCCUCACCAGUGCGCUGUGGAUCAAUGCGGCAGCCACUGAGGUGGUCAACAUCUUGAGGGCAGUGGGUGUCGUCUUCCGGCUCAGCAACACCGUCCUGGGCCUCACGCUGCUGGCCUGGGGCAACAGCAUCGGAGACGUCUUCUCAGACUUCACGCUGGCACGCCAAGGCUACGCGAGGAUGGCCUUUGCCGCUUGCUUCGGUGGCAUCAUCUUCAACAUGCUGGUGGGCGUGGGCCUGGGCUGCCUGCUGCAGAUAUCCCAGGGUAUCCCGGAGGUGAAGCUGCAGCCCGAAGGCCUGUUGGUGUGGGUGCUGGCUGGCGCCCUGGGCCUCAGCCUCGUCUACUCCCUCCUGGCCGUGCCCCUCCGGCGCUUCCAGCUGAACCGCAUCUACGGCUCCUGCCUGCUGCUCUUCUACGCAUGCUUCCUGAUGGUGGCGCUGCUCACCGAGUUCGGGGUGAUUCACCUGAAGUCCGUGUGACCACCGCCCUGGUGGCCAGGAUGUGCCACUGCAUGCAACUAAGUGGCUGCUGAACAUUCUAGAAUCAGCCAAGCGAGGGCAUCAGCUGCCCGACAUGCAAGACAGGAGCUCAGCUGGAUUCCUGGGGCCCUGCAGACUCUUCUUCGUGGUGGAAAUAACUUGAAAGCGGCAUUGUCUCCAGGCCAGAGGGAAAGGAAUUGGGCAGUGUUGGAAGACACCCCCGUGUGCUUUCAUGGCCAACCACCAGUUGCAUCUCUCAGCUCAGCAGGUCCCGGAUGAUGCCAGCAGC